UUACCAUCCCGGUGCAGGAGCUGCGUGGGGUGGUGGGAUUUGAGGACCUGGGGGCUGGGGUCCAAGGGCGCUGAGCCCCACUCCCCAGGGCGUAGCCGCGGCUCCGUUUCCUCCCCGUUGCUCGCCGUCUGCCCAGAUCCUCACAUCCUUGCUGACGCCGAUUGCGAUCGAUCGACUGCGACGGUGCAGAGCCAGGCAGCCCCCAGACUCGCUGCUGGCUGUGCUGGGCUUGGCUCUUCCCACCAGCCAUGCCGGGCUGGCACGGACCUGGCACGGAGCUCGGCUUGUGCUUUGGGGUGGCUUCUUGGUGGCUGCAGGCGCUCGGACUGGCCGUGGGGCCCCCGUGAGACGCAGCCAGCUGCUUCCAACCCGCUGCUGCGCAGGCCGGGCCAAUCCCAGCCCUUCUCACCUCUCUCCGGCAUGGAUCUCCUGCAGAAGAGCAAAUACAGCCACCUGCGGAAUGAGUCCGUCUCCUCCCUGGAGGAGGCGGUUGGUGGGGGAGCAGCCUCCCCGUUGGAGUCCCUCGCAGGCGCACAGUCUCUACCGGGCUCCCUGUCCUCCUCCUCCUCACUCGCGGAGCUCUCGCCGGAGUCGGAGGACAGCCCCACCACCCUCUGCUCCUUCUUCCCCAAAAUGGCCAACUUGAAGCUCUCCAAUCCCGCCAAUCUGCUUAGCCUGCGCGGUUCCUCGGCCAGCGGCAGCAGCCCGGGAGAACCUGGCCCUGCCGGAAUGUCGGCACUGACUGCCGGCUCCGACUCAGUGGGACCUGUCGCUGUCUGUUCCCAGGAUAUGAACAAGCUGAGCUGCGGGAAGAAGACGCGGGUGGAAGGCGGCCAGCUCGGGGGUGACGAAUGGACCCGUCACGGCAGCUUCGUUAAUAAGCCUACCCGCGGCUGGCUGCACCCCGAUGAGAAGGUCAUGGGCCCCGGGGUCUCCUACCACGUCCGGUACAUGGGCUGCGUGGAAGUCCUUCAGUCCAUGAGGGCUUUGGAUUUCAACACCAGGACACAGGUCACCAGGGAGGCCAUUGGGCUGGUGUGCGAAGCCGUGCCUGGUGCCAAGGGAGCCAUGCGGAGGAGGAAGCCCUGUGGCCGCUCCCUGAACUCCAUCCUGGGCAAGAGCAACCUCAAGUUCGCUGGCAUGCCCAUCACCUUGACCAUCUCCACCAGCAGCCUCAACCUCAUGGCUUCUGACUGCAAGCAGAUCAUUGCCAACCACCACAUGCAGUCCAUCUCCUUCGCCUCGGGGGGAGACCCAGACACAGCUGAGUAUGUCGCCUACGUUGCCAAAGACCCCGUUAACCAACGAGCUUGCCAUAUCCUGGAGUGCCCCGAGGGUUUGGCGCAGGAUGUGAUCAGCACCAUCGGCCAGGCCUUCGAGCUGCGGUUCAAGCAGUACCUGAAGAACCCCCCGAAGCUGGUGACACCCCACGAUAGGAUGGCAGGGUUUGAUGGCUCUGCCUGGGAUGAGGAAGAAGAGGAACCGGCCCCCGAUCACCAGUACUACAACGAUUUCCCUGGCAAGGAGCCUCCCAUCGGAGGAGUCGUGGACAUGCGGCUGCGGGACGGGGCUGCUCAGACCCCUAAUCACUUGGGGGCCACGCUGCCUGUUGGCCAGACGUCUGGUGGGGAACACGACCCCCGGAAGCAGCACCCUCCUGGCCAAGGGAAAUACCCAGCUCCAGCGGGUGCCUCCGGCCGCACGGACCUGUUUGAUGACCCGUCUUACGUCAACGUGCAGAACAUGGACAAGACACGCCAAGCACCGGCUGCUGGCACCCCCGCGACGGCCAACGGCAGCGCCCAGAGAGACCUCUUCGAUAUGAAGCCCUUUGAGGAUGCCCUGCGUGUGCCCCCGUCUGUGCCCGUGGGGCUGCCCCCUGCCCAGGUGGUGGCCUCCAUGGAGGAGCAGCUGCGACGGGAGCCUUGGUACCACGGGAAGAUGAACCGCAAGGAGGCUGAAAAGCUCCUGAAGGUGAACGGAGACUUCCUGGUGCGGGAGAGUACCACCACCCCAGGCCAGUACGUCCUGACUGGUUUGCAGGGUGGGCAGCCCAAGCAUCUCCUGCUCGUCGAUCCUGAGGGAGUGGUGCGGACAAAAGACCACCGCUUCGAGAGCGUCAGCCACCUCAUCAGCUACCACAUGGACAAUCACCUGCCCAUCAUCUCGGCCGGCAGCGAGAUGUGCCUGCAGCAACCAGUGGAGAGGAGACUCUGAGCGCCCUUGGCCUUACCCUUGGGUGCUCUGCCCGCUUCCGAGCGGGGACUUUGCCGUAGUUGGGGCCUGUUCCCCUCUGCCAUGAGGAGCUGGCGGCUGCGGGGGCCCGGCCGGCGUGGCGCGAGCUGCCUGUGGGGCGCGGGGCUGGUCUUGCCAAAGCCGCUGCCUCCUUUCCCAGCUCCAGCCUUUGCACAGCAGCUCUGCUCCCACCAAAUCCCGGCCCUGCUGCCGCGCUCGCCGGCGUGGGGCUGGCGGAAUCGAACCUCCUGAGCUGUGGGAGGUGCGUGGGGGAGCCUGGCUUCAUCCCCAACCCCUUGGGCCACGGAGGGGAAUGGGGGGACCCCGUUCCCCCCAAGCACAAGGCCCGGAUGGCCCCGCUCGGACUGUACCCGAUCACUUGACGUGUUAACUCUGUGCCUUGACCCCGCAGGUCCCACUCUCUUAUGCAAAGCCAAGGGGGCUGGGGGCAGAGCCCCCCCCUGGUCCCAGCCCUCACGGGGCCCCCCCGGCACCCCCAAGGUCCCAUCCGGGCUCGGCGGUGCCGGCAGUCCCGGGAAGGGGGGGGGGGCGGUGGGAGGGCCCCCACCUCGCAUGCACGGUGUGACCCCCCCUUCUCCCCCCCCAAGCCAAAGCGCAGCCCCUGCAGCCCUGGGAACCCCCCCGGGCCCCACUAAACCAAAGGAACCGGCGGUUGG